AUGGCUCCCGAACCGCCCGCAAAGUCUCUCAAGCCAAAAUCGACACCAAAAGCCGUUGGCGACUUCACAAUCCUCCCGCUCACACUACCCACAUUAUCCGGCCUCCCAGAGCACCACCAAGAUGCAAAGCACUACCUCUACAUCAAAGCGCACGAACCGAGUAUCCCCACCGCCGACGACGAGCGCUCCCUCUUCCUGGCAAACAUACCCAUAGAUGCAACAGAAAGCAACCUGCGCACACUCUUCGCAGACCAACUAGGCGGCGCAAUGGUCGAGAGCGUGGAAUUCGAUUCCUCGAUUCCGGCGCGAACGCUGCAUAAGCGGUUUAAGAGCUCAGAGGGGUCGAGAGAAGACGCUCAGCAGCAGAGGGGCAAGAAGCGCAAGCGGAAUCAUGCGACCGAACAGGCGAUGAUCGCCGAGGGCGUAGUAGAGGAUGAAGACAGUGCGCUACCGCAACUUUGGCAUGGGGCGUUACGGCGCAGUGGGAGUGGAGCUGUCGUUGUUUUUGUCGACAAGAAGAGCGCGAGGGGGGCGCUGAAAGAAGUGCAGAAAGCAGUUGUGCAGGGAAGAAAAGUGGCGUGGAAGAGUGGUGAGACGACGACGGCUUUGGGAGUUGACCGCUACAAAUCCCACACGACCCUAACCUACCCCUCCCCCUCGGUCCUCCAAUCUAGCAUAAACGCCUACCUCACGCAAUUCAACGCCCUCGAAACCCUCCGCAACCGGCACCGCAAGACGGCGCGCUCCGUCCCCGACGAAGAAGGCUUCGUGACGGUCACCCGGGGCGGCAGAGCGGGACCCGCGCGCAUUGCAGAAGCAGAGAAGAAGCAGGCUGAGCUUGAGGAGCGCAAGAAGAAUAAUGGCGUCAAGGACGACUUUUAUCGGUUCCAGAAUAGGGAGAAGCGGAAGGAGCAGGAGGGGUUGCUUAAGAGGCGGUUUGAGGAUGAUCGGAGGAGGGUGGAGAGUAUGAGGGAGAGGAGGGGGAGGGUUAGGCCGGAGGCGUAG